GUGACUGUGGUGGUAAAAUCAUAGAAUACGAUGCAGCUGCAGGCAAUGGCUUUCUGUGUUGGUUGUGGGACGGUUGUUGAGAAGAAUGCGAUUGUGUCUGAACUUGUGUUUGGCGAGUCGUCGGGUGAUGCGGUGAUCGUGAAGGGGUCGUUUGUUGGACACGGUGCAAGUACACGCGAGGAUGUGAGGUCUGUAUGGGAAGAGAAGCACUUCUGAUUCUCGUGAAUAGACGAUUGAUAAUGCAAGUAAGGAGAUCCAGAACGUCGGAGCCGUUAUGCGCUUCUCGGAGGUCGUCCAGACAGCUGCGAUAU